AAAUGAGGAGCCAACUUUAUAUCGUCGCGCCUUGUCUUGGCAGAUUUUCGUUAUCCUUGGGGAUGAUACGAACUCUACGAUCAAUUUAGAUUCUUCAUUCUUGGAUAUGACUGGUCGCGUGUCCCCUGGUCUCGACGCGAUGUCUAACUCGCAAGAGAUGCUGGAAAUGGGAUCUCGAGGAUCUAACUAUCCAUACGAAGGCAUGGAAGAUGAUGCCGAGACACAGAGGUCGAUUAAUAGAAGCUUUCGGAACCUUCCCAGCCGCAGCGCCCAGAGAUCCUUGCAUAACGCAAGCACUAGAAGAAGAGGUACUGUUACGAGAGCAUCCAUGAGAGCAAAUCAAGAUGUUGAGGUAUUAAACAUUGAGGAUUAUAACGAUGAGGAAGACGACAUGGCAAGCCCAAAAGAACUUGCUCAACCGAUGUCUGCGAAACGACGCUAUAAGAGGUCAAUGCGAACUAUGAAAACUCAAAAACGUAUCUCAAGAUGGAAAGCAUUCAAGUUACGAGUUGCAAUGUUCUGGCAAUCAACCACAUCUUCAAUCUCUGAAUGGAGUCAAGAUCUUGAACUUUGGAAAGGUCCUUUAAAGGAAGUGGAAGGUCGUUUUGGAAAUGGAGUUGUGUCAUUUUUUCUCUUCCUGAAGUGGUUAAUGUUUUUGAACUUGGUCAUCUUUUUCCUGGAGUUUGGACUAGUUUCACUUCCAGCAAUAGUCAUUAAGAAUACUACUGCACAAGCCAGUACAAACUGGUGUGACUUUAAUGCACUUAAUGCACGGAGUGUUUCAAACAGCAUAGCAGACAAACUUUUUGACUUUGUCACAGGACAGGGCUGGAUUAACACAACCCUCAUGUUUUAUGCUGGAUACCCAGCCACAGAAUUGUUAUCAGAGGAAGAAAUCAAGUAUGACCUUCCACUAGCUUACCUCAUGGUUGGAGGUGCAUAUUUCUUUUGCAGCCUCCUUCUUAUGGUUCGGAAUUUAGCAAAAAGUUUCCAGCAAAGCUAUAUUGAAAGUGGUGGAACUACCUCCUCCUUCUGCAACAAAGUGUUUGCCUCGUGGGAUUACUGCAUAAGUGAUGAAAACACGGCUAAGAUAAAGAGUCAGAACAUAGUACAAACUGUCAAGGCAGAAUUAGAAGAGGACAAGAGACUAGCAAAGGUUCAAAAUCGAACUACUGGUGAUAAAUGUUGCCUGUAUACUGUGAGGUUUCUCAUCAAUUUAGUUGUGACAGUGUCACUAGGUGGAGCUGUAUUUGCCAUCAUUACAAUAGUGGCUGUUUCUACAAACCCUGAAAAUCAAAUUGCAGCCACAGAAAUCAAUACAUUUUUGGGGACAGUAUUAAACUUUUCACCAUCACUGACGAUCACCUUUUUGAACUUCCUUUUACCACUGAUCUUCAAUUUUUUGUCAAAGUUUGAGGAUUGGAGUCCCCGUUUUGAAGUGAAUAUCAACUUGUUCAGGACUGUGUUGUUAAGGUUAGCAUCUAUAGCUGUACUGAUGAUCACACUCUAUGUGGAUGUGGAAACCAGGUGUAAUAAGGAGGAAAAGAAAUGUUGCCAGCAGAAUUGGGAAAACCAGAUUGCAUCACAGAUGUACAUGUUGAUAUGGAUUGACUUUUUUCUGCACAUUGCUGUAUCACUUGUGGGCACAACUAUCUGGAGACUGUUGUACAAGCACACAUCCUGUUUCAAGAAAUUUGGCUUGCCUGAAUUUGACAUUCCAAAACAGGUUUUACAGCUUGUUUAUGGUGAAUGUUUAAUUUGGAUUGGAACCUUCUUUAGCCCCCUCAUGCCAGCCAUGGGUGUUGUUAAACUUUUCCUGGUGUUUUACAUCGAAAAGGUUGCCUUGAUGCACAAUAACAAGCCAUCAGACAAGGUUUAUCAGGGAACACGCUCAAAUUAUUUGUUUACAGUUUUACUGCUGAUCUCCUUCCUCAUGUGUCUUAUUGCUGUUGGUUGGGGAAUAACAAGGGUGAGGCCUUCAUGUCAAGGACCAUUUAGCAAUUUUAACUGUGAUCCAAAUAAGAGAAUUUUGGAUGUUUUGGUUAAAGAGAUUCGCACUUGGCCACAAGCAAUCCAGGAAAUUAUAAAUUACCUGAGUACGGCAGCAUUUAUUUUCCCAAUUCUGAUGAUAAUCUGCUUGAUGUUGUACUACUUCAGAUCUAUGUCAAAGUCUCAUCUACACAUGAUUGAAAUGCUGAAAGACCAGUUAGUUCUGGAGGGCAGAGACAAGAGGUUUUUGAUGGAAAAAAUGAUUCAGGAUGGUAAGAACACUGGUGAUGUAGAUGAUGACUCAUCUUCAGGGGAGACACAACACACAACACUGCGACCAUCAAGCAACUUACAAUUCUAGUGGAAGUAAAUAAUUACUAUUAUUAUUUAUACUUGUCUUCAGGGUCUCUGGAACAUUUCUUAGGGAGUGUCAUUGUAAAACAUUGUGUGGCUUUAUUUAACAUUAUUUUUCUUCUUGAGAAUAUUAAUUAGUCAUGUAUUUUAGAGGCCAAUUAUUUUAUUUUCUGGUCAAGGAAAUAUUUAUGAAAAAGUAGCUCUAUUUGAAGUAUUGAGUACAGUGUAUAUAGGUAAUAUUGCUGUAAGGGUGUACAUGACCCUGUGCUUGUUUAGCCAUGAAUGAGCUUAACUAUUCCCAGGAGCUACUGCUGUUUGCUACUCUGCAAUUCAUAUAAAAAGUAUCAAGCUUGUGUAAAUUUUUUAAUGUUACUUUGGUGUGACAUGAGGUAUUUUGAAGAUAAUCACGAGUAUUUUUCUACGGCAGAGUUUUUCUAUUCCAGACAGUAAGUGAUAUGUAUACAUAUUUAAUGUACAGUUAGAUUUUGGGCAGUUUAUGAUUUCAUUGUGUUUUUUAAGAAUCUAGUAUUUUUUUUUAGCUGACAAAAUUAAUUGACUCAUGUGCAUAUCUUGAUUGCACAUUCCUCAACCUCAGGGCUUAUUAUUAUCAAGGUUUACAUUAUGUCUAAUCUUGCUCAGGAUAAUUAUAUUUUCUCAGGGUCUUUAAGGAGAGGUAUGCUCCAGAAACCAUCUGAUUGUUAUUCCUUCCUACUGAAAAGUUUGACACUGGCCAUAUUCUUAGAUCCCAAACAGAAACCAAACCUUUUGCAAAAAUUAUCUUUACAUGCACCAAAAUUUAUGCUACAGAUGCCUCAAUCUUAAAUCUUGCUUUAUAGUGACCUCGCUGCUUACUGGUAAAGUGCUCAGUCUUAAUCCUCUCCCUUUUUUUUAUCUCUUGGAGAUUGCAGCAUUGAGUGACACAAAAAGAAACUCUUGACUUCAAUAGUGCUUGUUUUCAGGAUAACUAGACCAGCUGAGGUCAACCCUAUUACUGAGUUGCUUUCAACGUAACCACUGUAUACUAAUUUCUCUAAGAUUUGAUUACAGAAUCUCAAACUGCAUGAAGAGCUUAAUCUGUAUAAACACAUAUAGUUGAAGGCAAUAAAAAUUUACGUGGUUUCUGGCCUGAGGCAGACUUCUCCUUUCACAUGACACCUUGGAGAUAAAUCUUUUUCCUACCUAAUGUGUACAAAAACUGUAAAUAGUGGAUGGUAUUAGUAAGAUUCCUUUGGCAAGAAAUUUUGCAACUUUUGACUCCUUCAUUAAACAUCCUUCAUUCAAAUCUCAAGCCUCGUGUAAUCUAUGCAAUGAUUGUGGUCCUUUGUUUAUUUUCACAAUCAUUUAACCUCAGUUGUACAUAAGCUGUUGGAGAUGUACCUUGAAGAUUUUGAAAAGUUGUUUGUUUUCGAAAAGAGUCAACUGUGCCAUCAAGAUAAGAAUAUUUUAAGUAAAUUUUUAGUGGUUGGAUUAGUGCUGGGCACUCAAAUAACCAUUGAGCUGAACAUUAUUUAACAAGCUGUUAGCUGGGGUAGCUUUCAAUAAAGCCUAUGGUAUUUUAUUCUGAA